CCUUGGCUGGGUAGGGAAUGGUGUCGCCUAGCAGCCGCGCCGCUCUUGCCUGCACGGGAGCUGUUGGCGGGAUCCAGAGUCCGGGCGGAACCACGGUGGGGAGCGGUCAGGCGUGGCAGCGGGGCUGACCUUGGUCCGUGCGGCACAUCAGGGGCCUCUGCUGGUUGCCAGGCUCGAUUUGGUGGGUGGAUCUUGAAAGUAAAGCACAGUGAACGAUUUCAAGAUGCCACCUAAUAUAAACUGGAAAGAAAUAAUAAAAGUUGACCCAGAUGACCUGCCUCGUCAAGAAGAAUUGGCAGAUAAUUUAUUGAUUUCCUUAUCCAAGGUGGAAAUAAGUGAGCUAAAAACUGAAAGUCAAGAAAAUGUGAUACACCUUUUCAGAAUUACUCAAUCACUAAUGAAGAUGAAAGCUCAAGAAGUAGAGCUAGCUUUGGAGGAAGUUGAAAAAGCUGGAGAAGAACAAGCAAAAUUUGAAAACCAAUUAAAAACUAAAGUAAUGAAACUGGAAAAUGAACUGGAGAUGGCCCAGCAGUCUGCAGGUGGACGUGACACUCGGUUUUUACGUGAUGAAAUUCGCCAACUUGAAAAACAGUUGGAACAAAAAGAUAGAGAAUUGGAGGACAUGGAAAAGGAAUUAGAGAAAGAGAAGAAGGUUAAUGAACAAUUGGCUCUUCGAAAUGAGGAAGCAGAAAAUGAAAACAGCAAAUUAAGAAGAGAGAAUGAGCAACUUCGUCAGGAUAUUGUUGACUAUCAGAAACAGAUAGAUUCGCAAAAAGAAACACUUUUAUCAAGAAGAGGAGAAGACAGUGACUACCGAUCACAAUUGUCUAAAAAAAACUAUGAACUUGUCCAGUAUCUGGAUGAAAUUCAGACUUUAACAGAAGCUAAUGAAAAAAUUGAAGUUCAGAAUCAAGAAAUGAGAAAAAAUCUAGAAGAGUCUGUACAGGAGAUGGAAAAGAUGACUGAUGAGUAUAAUAGGAUGAAAGCUAUUGUCCAUCAAACAGAUAACAUAAUGGACCAAUUAAAAAAGGAAAAUGAUCAUUACCGGCUUCAAGUGCAGGAGCUUACAGAUCUUCUGAAAGCAAAAAAUGAAGAAGAUGAUCCAGUCAUGGCUGCUGUCAACGCAAAAGUAGAAGAGUGGAAGUUAAUUUUGUCUUCUAAAGAUGAUGAAAUUAUUGAAUAUCAGCAAAUGUUACAUAACCUGAGGGAGAAAUUGAAAAAUGCCCAACUUGAUGCUGAUAAAAGUAAUGUUAUGGCUCUACAACAGGGUGUACAAGAACGAGAUAGUCAAAUUAAGAUGCUCACUGAGCAAGUAGAACAAUAUACAAAAGAAAUGGAAAAAAAUACUUUCAUUAUUGAAGAUCUGAAAAAUGAGCUUCAAAGAAACAAAGGUGCUUCAACUCUUUCCCAGCAGACUCAUUAUAUGAAAAUUCAGUCUAAGGUUCAGAUGUUAGAAGAGAAAACUAAAGAGGCUGAGAGAACAGCUGAACUGGCUGAGGCUGAUGCUAGGGAAAAGGAUAAAGAACUAGUUGAGAUGCUAAAGCGAUUAAAAGAUUAUGAAUCGGGAAUAUAUGGUUUAGAAGAAGCUGUGAUUGAAAUAAAAAAUUGUAAAAACCAAAUUAAAAUAAGAGAUCAAGAGAUUGAAGUAUUGACAAAGGAAAUCAAUAAACUUGAGUUGAAGAUCAAUGAUUUCCUUGAUGAAAAUGAGGCUCUUAGGGAGCGUGUGGGCCUCGAACCGAAGACAAUGAUUGAUUUAACUGAAUUUAGAAAUAGUAAAAGCCUAAAACAGCAGCAGUACAGAGCUGAAAACCAGAUUCUUUUGAAAGAGAUUGAAAGUCUAGAGGAAGAACGACUGGAUCUGAAAAAAAAAAUUCGCCAGAUGGCUCAAGAAAGAGGAAAAAGAGCUGCAGCUUCAGGAUUAACUGUUGAGGACCUGAACCUAACUGAAAACUUUUCUCAAGAAAAUAGAAGAGGAGAAAGGAAAUUGGAUUUUGCAAGCCUCAAAACAAUGAGUGAAGCUCAGUCAAAGAAUGAAGUCAUAGCACAGGAUUUAUUGGUCAAGGAAGCACAGAAUAGAAGCGCAGAAAUAGAGCUUGAACGUCAUAGAACCCAGGCAGAACAGAAUGAAUUUCUUUCAAGAGAACUAAUUGAAAAGGAAAGAGAUUUAGAAAGAGGUAGAACAAUAAUAACCAAAUUUCAGAAUAAAUUAAAAGAAUUAGCUGAAGAAAAUAAGCAGCUGGAAGAAGGUAUGAAAGAAAUAUUGCAAGCUAUUAAGGAAAUGCAAAAAGAUCCUGAUGUUAAAGGAGCAGAAACAUCUCUAAUCAUCCCUAGUCUUGAAAGACUAGUUAAUGCUAUAGAAUCAAAGAAUGCAGAAGGAAUCUUUGAUGCUAAUCUGCAUUUGAAAGCCCAAGUUGACCAACUUACUGGAAGAAAUGAAGAAUUAAGGCAGGAGCUCAGGGAAUCUCGGAAAGAGGCGAUCAGUUAUUCUCAGCAGUUGGCAAAAGCAAAUUUAAAGGUAGAUCAUCUUGAAAAAGAGAUCAUUCUUUUACGGCAAUCAGAAGGAUCAAAUGUUGUUUUUAAAGGCGUGGACUUACCUGAUGGGAUAGCACCAUCUAGUGCCAAUAUUAUUAAUUCUCAAAAUGAAUAUUUAAUACAUAUCUUACAGGAACUAGAAUGUAAAGAAAAUAAAUUAAAGACCUUAGAAGAUUCUCUUGAAGACUAUAACAGAAAAUUUGCAGUAAUUCGUCAUCAGCAAAGCUUAUUAUAUAAAGAAUAUCUAAGUGAAAAGGAGGCCUGGAAAAUAGAAUCUGAAACAGUAAAAGAGGAAAAGAAAAAACUAGAGGAUCAAAUCCAACAAGAUGCUAUAAAAGUAAAAGAAUAUAAUAAUUUGCUUAGUGCUCUUCAGAUGGAUUCAGAUGAAAUGAAAAAAACACUUUCAGAAAAUAGUAGAAAAAUCACAGUCCUGCAAGUGAAUGAAAAGUCACUCAUAAGACAGUAUACUACUUUAGUAGAAAUGGAGCGACAGCUUAGGAAAGAAAAUGGGAAACAGAAGAAUGAAUUGAUAGCAAUGGAAGCUGAAGUUGGUGAAAAAAUUGGACGUUUGCAACGAUUUAAGGAGAUGGCCAUUUUCAAGAUUGCAGCUCUCCAAAAGGUUAUAGAUAAUAGUGUUUCUUUGUCUGAACUAGAAUUGGCCAAUAAACAAUACAAUGAGUUGACUGCAAAGUACAGGGAUAUCUUACAAAAAGAUAAUAUGCUGGUUCAAAGAACAAAUAAAUUGGAACAUUUAGAGUGUGAAAAUGCAUCCCUAAAAGAACAAAUGGAGUCUAUAAAUAAAGAACUGGAGAUUACCAAGGAAAAGCUUUACACUAUAGAACAAGCCUGGGAGCAAGAAACUAAACUAGGAAAUGAAUCGAACAUGGACAAGGCAAAGAAAUCAAUAACCAACAGUGAAAUUCUUUCUAUUUCCAAAAAAAUCACUAUGCUGGAGAUGAAGGAAUUAAAUGAAAGACAGCGGGCUGAACACUCUCAAAAAAUGUAUGAACAUGUCAGGACUUCAUUAAAGCAAAUGGAAGAACGUAAUUUUGAAUUGGAAACCAAAUUUGCUGAGCUUACCAAAAUCAAUUUGGAAGCACAGAAGGUGGAACAGAUGUUAAGAGAUGAAUUAGCUGAUAGUGUGAGCAAGACAGUAAGUGAUGCUGAUAGGCAACGGAUUCUAGAAUUAGAGAAGAGUGAAAUGGAACUAAAAGUUGAAGUGUCAAAACUGAGAGAGAUUUCUGAUAUUGCCAAAAGACAAGUUGAAAUUCUGAAUGCACAGCAACAGUCCAGGGAAAAGGAAGUGGAGUCUGUCAGAAUGCAACUGUUAGACUAUCAGGCACAAUCUGAUGAAAAGGCACUGAUUGCCAAGUUGCAUCAACAUAUCGUCUCCCUUCAAAUUAGUGAGGCUACUGCUCUUGGUAAGUUGGAGUCAGUUACAUCUAAACUGCAGAAGACAGAGGCCUGUAAUUUGCGCUUAGAGCAGAAACUUGAUGAAAAAGAACAGGCUCUCUAUUACGCCCGUUCAGAAGGGAGAAACCGGGCAAAACAUCUGCGCCAAACAAUUCAGUCUCUACGACGACAGUUUAGUGGAGCUUUACCCUUGGCACAACAGGAAAAAUUUUCUAAAACAAUGAUUCAAUUACAAAAUGACAAACUGAAGAUAAUGCAAGAGAUGAAAAAUUCUCAACAAGAGCAGAGAAAUAUGGAGAACAAAACAAUGGAAAUGGAGUUAAAGUUAAAGGGCCUGGAAGAGUUAAUAAGCACUCUAAAGGAUGCCAGGGGAGCCCAAAAGGUAAUCAAUUGGCACAUGAAAAUAGAAGAACUUCGUCUUCAAGAGCUUAAACUAAAUCGAGAAUUAGUCAAGGAUAAAGAAGAAAUAAAAUAUUUGAAUAAUAUAAUUUCUGAAUAUGAGAAUACCAUCAGCAGUCUGGAGGAGGAAAUUGUGCAGCAAAACAAGUUUCAUGAAGAAAGGCAGAUGGCCUGGGACCAAAGAGAAGUUGAGCUGGAACGUCAACUGGACAUUUUUGACCAUCAACAAAAUGAAAUACUAAAAGCAGCACAAAAGUUUGAAGAAGCUACAGGCUCAAUGCCAGACCCUAGUUUGCCCCUUCCAAAUCAACUUGAGAUUGCUUUAAGAAAAAUUAAGGAGAAUGUUCGAAUAAUCCUAGAAACACGGGCAACUUGUAAAUCACUAGAAGAGAAACUAAAAGAAAAAGAAUCUGCUCUACGGUUAGCAGAGCAAAAUAUUUUGUCAAGAGACCAAGUAAUCAAUGAGCUGAGACUUCGAUUGCCGGCCACUGCAGAACGUGAAAAGCUGAUAGCUGAACUAGGCAGAAGAGAGAUAGAGCCAAAGUCACAUCACACACUGAAAAUUGCUCAGCAGACCAUUGCAAAUAUGCAAGCAAGGUUGAAUCAAAAGGAAGAAGUGUUAAAGAAGUAUCAACAUCUCCUGGAAAAAGCCAGAGAGGAGCAAAGAGAAAUUGUUAAGAAACAUGAGGAAGACCUUCAUAUUCUUCAUCAUAAAUUAGAACUACAGUCUGAGAGUUCACUCAGUAAAUUCAAACAAACAGCUUGGGAUUUAAUAAAACAAUCCCCUACUCCAGUUGCAACCAGCAAACAUUUUAUUCGUCUGGCUGAGAUGGAACAGACAGUAGCAGAACAAGAUGAUUCUCUCUCCUCACUUUUGAUCAAACUAAAAAAAGUAUCUCAAGAUUUAGAGAGACAAAAAGAAAUCACUGAGUUAAAAAUCAAAGAAUUUGAAAAGAUCAAGUUACGGCUCCAAGAAGACCAUGCAGAUGAAGUGAAAAAAGUGAAGGCAGAAGUAGAGGAUUUAAGGUGUCUUCUGGCCCACUCGCAAAAGGAGUCACAGAGUUUAAAAUCUGAACUUCAGGCUCAAAAAGAAGCAAAUUCAAGAGCUCCAACAACUACAAUGAGAAAUCUAGUAGAACGGUUAAAGAGCCAGUUAGCUUUGAAAGAGAAGCAACAAAAAGCACUUAGUCGAGCACUUUUGGAACUCCGGGCAGAAAUGACGGCAGCAGCAGAAGAACGUAUUAUUUCUGCAACUUCUCAGAAAGAAGCAAAUCUCAAUGUUCAACAAAUUAUUGAUCGACAUACUAAAGAGCUAAAGACACAAAUUGAGGAUUUAAAUGAAAAUCUUUUAAAAUUGAGAGAAGCUCUUAAAACAAGUAAAAACAAAGAAAACUCACUAACUGAUAAUUUGAAUGACUUAACCAGUGAACUGCAAAAGAAACAAAAAGCCUAUAAUAAAAUACUUAGAGAGAAAGAUGCAAUUGAUCAAGAGAAUGAUGAGCUGAAAAGGCAAAUUAAAAGACUAACCAGUGGAUUACAGGGGAAACAUCUAAUAGAUAAUAAACAAAGUUUAAUUGAAGAACUCCAAAAGAAAAUUAAAAAGCUAGAAAGCCAACUGGAAAGAAAGGUGGAUGAGGCAGAAAUAAAGCCUGUGAAAGAAAAGAGUGCUAAAGAAGAAUUAAUUAGGUGGGAAGAAGGUAAAAAAUGGCAAACCAAAAUAGAGGGAAUUAGAAACAAGUUGAAGGAAAAAGAGGGAGAAGUCUAUAUUCUAACAAAGCAGUUGACUACUUUGAAAGAUCUUUUUGCCAAAGCUGACAAAGAGAAACUUACCUUGCAGAGGAAACUAAAAACAACUGGCAUUACUGUUGAUCAAGUUAUGGGAGUGCGAGCUUUGGAGUCAGAAAAGGAGUUGGAAGAAUUGAAAAAAAGAAAUCUUGACUUAGAAAAUGACAUUUCAUAUAUGAGGACACGCCAAGCUCUCCCUAGAGAUUCUGUCAUUGAAGAUUUACGUUUACAAAAUAGAUACCUCCAAGAAAAACUUCAUGUUUUAGAAAAACAGUUUUCAAAGGAGGCAUAUUCUAGAACUUCAACUUCUGAGGUAGAGUCAGAUGAUCAUCGUCAAAGAGAACAAGAGCUUCAGAAGGAAAACCUGAAGUUGUCAUCUGAAAAUAUUGAACUAAAAUUUCAGCUUGAACAAGCAAAUAAAGAUUUGCCAAGAUUAAAGAGUCAAGUAAGGGAUUUGAAGGAAAUGUGUGAAUUUCUUAAGAAAGAAAAAGCAGAAGUUGAGCGGAAACUUGGUCGUGUUAGAGGGUCUGGUAGAAGUGGAAAGACAAUCCCAGAACUAGAAAAAACCAUUGGUUUAAUGAAAAAAGUAGUUGAAAAAGUCCAAAGGGAAAAUGAACAGUUGAAGAAAGCAUCAGGAAUACUGACCAGUGAAAAAAUGGCUAAUAUUGAACUGGAAAAUGAAAAGUUGAAGGCUGAAUUAGAAAAACUUAAAGUUCAUCUUGGACGUCAGUUAAGCAUGCACUAUGAAUCCAAGACCAAAGGCACAGAGAAGAUUGUUGCUGAAAAUGAAAGGCUCCGUAAAGAACUUAAGAAAGAGACUGAAGCUGCAGAAAAAUUACGGAUAGCUAAGAAUAAUUUAGAGAUAUUAAAUGAGAAGAUGACAGUUCAACUAGAAGAGACUGGUAAGAGAUUACAGUUGGCGGAGAGUAGAGGCCCACAGCUUGAAGGUGCUGACAGCAAGAGCUGGAAGUCAAUCGUUGUCACAAGAAUGUACGAAACCAAGUUGAAAGAACUGGAGACUGAUAUUGCCAAAAAAACCCAAAGCCUUACUGAUCUUAAACAGCUUGUAAGACAAGCAACAGAGAGGGAACAGAAAGCUAAGAAAUACACGGAAGACCUUGAGCAACAGAUUGAGAUUCUCAAACAUGUUCCUGAAGGUGCUGAGACAGAGCAAAGCCUUCAGCGGGAGCUUCAAGUUCUAAGAUUAGCUAAUAGUCAGCUGGAAAAAGAAAAAGCAGAAUUAAUCCAUCAGUUAGAAGUUAACAAAGACCAAAGUGGAGCUGAAAGCACCGUAUCUGAUCCUGAUCAACUCAAGGAAAAGGUAAAGGAUUUAGAGACACAGCUCAAAACUUCAGAUUUAGAAAAGCAGCAUCUGAAGGAGGAAAUAAAAAAGCUGAAAAAAGAACUGGAAAACUUUGAUCCUUCAUUUUUUGAAGAAAUUGAAGAUCUCAAGUAUAAUUAUAAAGAAGAAGUGAAGAAGAAUAUUCUGUUAGAAGAGAAGUUAAAAAAACUUUCUGAACAAUGUGGAGUUGAGUUAACUAGUCCUAUUGCUGAUUCUGAACAGUUUGAAGAUGAAGAGGAAAGUCCUGCUGAUCUUCCCAUUUAUUAAACUACCCAUACCUAUAAUUUUAUUUAACUAUUUACUUUAUAAGUCAAAACUCCAUCUGGAAAUCACACAGAUCUCUGACCUACAUGAUUUCCUUCUUCAUACCCUGUACCUUUAUUAAAUUGAAGUUUUAGUAAAUAAAGUUAUAUGAAAUUUUAAAGUAUAUUUUUGAUGACUUUUAGCAUAAGGUAUGACUAGAUCAAAUAAGCUAUGAUGAAUUUCUGUAUACAUAAUAUUUAAAGUUUUUUAAAGAGUAUAGGGGUGAAUUUCAAUAACUUUAACAUUUAAAGUUGGGGUUUAUAAAUAUACUUAUUUAUAUAUGUGUUAAGACUCUAGUUUUAUAUAUGUGUACAUGUAUAUAAACAGGUAUGAGGUUAUAGCCAUAAGUUUUGUUAAGUGUCAGAAUAAAUUCAUCUUGAACUAUUUAAAGUUGAUGAUCCAGAAUUGUUGGUUUAAUUGCUGUAUUUAAGGUAAGGAGCUUAUUACUACAUUUUUAAUGCAGUAGUGGCUUAAAUUCAUUUGCUGGUUCCAAAUAAAAUUUUGAAUAGACCUUU